UGGUCCAAGAACAAAGUGAUGGCCUUGGGGACUGGGGCACAGUAAGCAGGGGGCGAUGAUGGUAGAAGAUGAAGGAGCAGAGGUCAGCACAGCUCAUGAUUCAGGAGUUAUGCUGUGUGACAUGGAUGAAUCUGCAUUGACCCUUGGCACGAUAGAUGUAUCUUAUUUGCCAAAUUCUUCUGAAUACAGCAUUGGUCGGUGUAAGCAUGCCACCGAGGAAUGGGGUGAGUGUGGUUUCAGGCCUACUGUCUUCAGAUCUGCAACCUUGAAGUGGAAAGAAAGCCUAAUGAGCCGGAAGAGGCCCUUUGUGGGAAGGUGUUGUUAUUCCUGCACUCCUCAGAGCUGGGAUAAAUUUUUCAACCCCAGUAUCCCGUCUUUGGGUUUGCGGAAUGUUAUUUAUAUCAAUGAAACACACACAAGGCACCGAGGGUGGCUGGCAAGACGUCUUUCUUACAUGCUUUUCGUUCAAGAGCGAGAUGUCCAUAAAGGCAUGUUUGCCACCAAUGUAACUGAAAACGUGCUGAACAGCAGUCGAGUACAAGAGGCAAUUGCAGAAGUGGCUGGUGAGUUAAACCCUGAUGGUUCUGCUCAGCAGCAAUCAAAAGCUGUGAAUAAAGUGAAAAAGCAAGCCAGAAAGAUCCUUCAAGAAAUGGUUGCCACCGUUUCACCGGCAAUGAUCAGACUGACUGGAUGGGUGCUGCUGAAACUGUUCAACAGCUUCUUUUGGAAUAUUCAGAUUCACAAGGGUCAACUUGAAAUGGUUAAAGCUGCAACUGAGAUGAAUCUGCCGCUUAUAUUUCUGCCAGUUCAUAGAUCACACAUCGACUAUCUGCUGCUCACUUUCAUUCUCUUCUGCCAUAACAUCAAAGCGCCGUACAUCGCUUCAGGCAAUAACCUCAACAUCCCCAUCUUCAGUACUUUGAUCCAUAAGCUUGGAGGCUUUUUCAUACGACGGAGGCUAGAUGAGACGCCAGAUGGACGGAAAGAUAUUCUCUACAGAGCUUUACUCCAUGGGCAUAUAGUUGAACUACUUCGACAGCAGCAGUUCUUAGAGAUUUUUCUGGAAGGCACACGCUCAAGAAGUGGAAAAAUCUCCUGUGCUCGGGCAGGACUUUUGUCAGUUGUGGUAGAUACUCUGUCUACCAAUACCAUCCCAGACAUCUUGAUAAUACCUGUUGGGAUCUCCUACGAUCGUAUUAUUGAGGGUCAUUACAAUGGCGAACAACUGGGAAAACCCAAGAAGAAUGAGAGCCUCUGGAGCAUAGCAAGAGGUGUUAUCAGAAUGUUACGAAAAAACUACGGAUGUGUCAGAGUGGAUUUUGCACAACCAUUUUCCUUAAAGGAAUAUUUAGAAAGCCAAAGUCAGAAACCUGUUUCUGCUCCACUUUCUUUGGAGCAAGCAUUGUUGCCAGCUAUACUUCCCUCAAGACCCAGUGAUGCUGCUGAUGAAGGUACAGACACGUCCAUUAAUGAGUCUAGAAAUGCAACAGAUGAAUCCCGCCGAAGAAGACUGAUUGCACAUCUGGCUGAGCACAUUCUCUUCACUGCUAGCAAGUCCUGUGCUAUUAUGUCGACACACAUCGUGGCCUGUCUGCUCCUCUACAGACACAGGCAGGGAAUUGACCUCUCCACAUUGGUGGAAGACUUCUUUGUGAUGAAGGAGGAAGUCCUGGCUCGUGAUUUUGACUUGGGUUUCUCAGGAAAUUCAGAAGAUGUAGUCAUGCAUGCCAUACAGCUGCUGGGAAAUUGUAUCACAAUCACCCACACCAGCAAGAACGAUGAGUUUUUUAUUACUCCUAGCACAACUAUCCCAUCAGUCUUUGAACUCAACUUCUACAGCAAUGGGGUGCUCCAUGUCUUUAUCAUGGAGGCCAUCAUAGCCUGCAGCCUUUACGCAGUUCUGAAGAAGAGGGGCCCAGGAGGGCCCGCGUCUCCCAGCUUGGUCAGCCAGGAGCAGCUGGUACGCAAGGCCGCCAGCCUGUGCUAUCUGCUCUCCAAUGAAGGCACCAUCUCUCUCCCCUGCCAGACCUUUUACCAAACUUGCCAUGAAACAGUGGGCAGGUUUAUCCAGUAUGGCAUUCUUAUAGUGGCGGAGCAAGAUGAUCAGGAAGAUAUCAGUCCUGGUCUUGCCGAGCAGCAGUGGGACAAGAAGCUUCCGGAACCUUUGUCUUGGAGAAGUGAUGAAGAAGAUGAAGACAGCGAUUUUGGUGAGGAGCAACGAGAUUGCUACCUGAAGGUGAGCCAGUCCAAGGAGCACCAGCAGUUCAUCACCUUCCUACAGAGGCUCCUCGGGCCUCUGCUGGAGGCCUACAGCUCUGCCGCUAUCUUCAUUCACAACUUCGGCGGACCCGUUCCCGAGCCUGAAUUCCUGCAGAAGCUGCACAAAUACCUGAUCACGAGAACGGAGAGGAGGGUUGCCGUGUACGCUGAGAGUGCCACUUACUGUCUUGUGAAGAAUGCUGUGAAAAUGUUUAAGGAUAUCGGGGUUUUUAAAGAGACCAAACAAAAGAGAGUGUCUGUUUUAGAACUCAGCAGCACUUUUCUACCUCAAUGCAACCGGCAAAAACUCCUGGAAUAUAUUCUGCAUUUUGUGGUGCUGUAGGUAACUUUGGGCACCUCUGGCAAGUGACAGGCGUGGGACCAGUUCCUCGUAGGCUCUGCCUGUGGCACGAGAGUGGACGGUGCCGUCGUGUGGUCGGGCCUGACCCGUCCUGACACGACCUCCUGGAAGACAAGUGCCUUCUCUCCUCCGUGAUCUGUGAUCGCUGGACACUGUCGUGACACAGCCGCCUACAGAUCACACCAUGGGGGCCCCAGCCUCCAUUUGCAGUUCAUGAUCAGUAGAUUGCAAAAUGAAAUUUUGGAGUUUAUUAAAGAUUUACAUUUUAAAUAUAACAGUUAGGGGCUUAUUACUGUGAUGGACACACAAAUGUAGUUAAUUCUGAAACUGAAUCUUGUUUAGUACACUUAAUGCCGUCAGGUAAUUUGUUGGUAUAUGUUCUGAUUAAUGCUUCCUUGAAAAAUAACUGAGUCAUCCAUUCACUGUUUUUUGUUUUUUUCCUCUGAUGUUGUCUAUGUCCCUUGUAGCUAACUGUUAAAUGGGAACAUUUUUUUCCUCACAAGUGCUUUACAAAUGAAUGGGCUGUUCACACAUAGGUGCCGCUGUGCUGUCUGUUGUAGUCAAGUAUAGAAAGUGUUUUAAGAGCUAAAUGAAAACACAAUCUUAAUUUAGGUCAGGAAUAGAGAUAAUCUGACCAAUCAGCUCAUACCAGGAAAUAAAUUUGGCUGGUGAAAUUCAAGAUAAACUAGGCCGGAAAAUUGACUUUGAAAAUGGUUGCUCAUGUGAAAAAGUGCCAUUGAGUUUUAAAUGACGGGCGAGUAUUUACGAGCAACUCCUGUUUUAUGUCUGUGUCCCUUCCCUGCCACCCCUCCCCCGACCUCCUGCCUCAGGCAGCACCUGCCUCUCAGGUACGGUUGUGUCUUGGAGGUAGCAACUGUCCUAACCUAUUAGCUUGGCCUGAUCACCUGUGUUAGUGUGAAGCGCCCUGGCUGCAGCCUCAUGGCCCAGCUCUCUUACAUCCUGUAGACUGGUUGUACGCUUUUGAGUGGCUGGUACCCACUCAAGUUGGGCAGAGUGGGUUGUACAUCACAUAUGUGAUGGCCCUGCAGACUGGCAUUUGUAGAUUUUUUUUAGCUUUGAGAAAAAGAAAACCAUGGUUCUUUAAAAAUAUACAUGGGUUAUUUUCCUAAACCCUGAUGCCAUAUAGUGGCAAAUAAUUAUGAAAAAUUGUUGAUAACAGGUAGGUGCCUUUUUCGUGAGCAGGGAUCAUAAUUGUUCGCUAAUUGUGGUAAUGAUGGUGA